CAACAACGAAUUUUGUUGAUCGAUUUUAUUUCUGAGUAUAAUUGAUUCAAUCCUGGUGAGUGGACUAUGUUCCUCUACGAUGGGUAACACGACUAACAACCAAUAGAGUUGGUUACUAACAUUGAUCAUAACCAAUAGGAAUUGAAUAGAAAGAUAAGAGUAAAUAAUAGGUGAAAUAUAAUAUUAUUAUAAUUAUCAUCAAAUUGAGUAAUCAUAUUCAUUUAAACAUUAUUCAUACAUUAACUUGGAUUUCUUAAUAGAAAGAAAUAAUACAAUCCAUAUUUCAUAUAUCUAUUUUAUUAUUAUUAUUAUGAAUCAAACAAGUAAUAAAAGAAGAAUAUGUCUUCCAGUAGAUGGAAGUGAUCAUUCUAAACGUGCAAUUGAAUGGUUUAUUAAAGAAGUUUAUCGACCUGGUGAUGAAGUACUAUUUGUACAUUGUUUAGAAUUACCAUAUUUACCAACAAUUAGUUUAACAUCUGGUUUAAAAGUACCUAUCGAUGAUUGGACUAAAGCACUACAAGAAAAUAUCGCUCAAACAACUAAAUUGAAUAAUGAGUAUGGUUAUAUAUGUGAAUGCAGUAAGAUACCAUACGAUUUUAUAAUAAAAAAUGGAAUAGCUCCAGGUGUUGGAAUAGUUCAAACUGUAGAAGAUCAUCAUGUUGACUUAAUUGUUAUGGGUAAUCGUGGACUAAGUAGACUCAAACGUACACUACUUGGUAGUGUAAGCAGUUAUGUAGUACACAAUGCGUAUGUACCAUGUAUCAUAGUGCCACCAGUUUGAAGAAAAGAACAAUCAAUAUUUAUACAUAUAUGAAAUAUCUAUGAAGCUUUUUUUGAAAUCAGAUUUUUUAUACUUACUGGAUUACUCUUCUUUCUUGACAUUUAUUCAUUGUGUAAUACGUUAUUAGUGUCAUUUUAGAAAAGAAACUUGUGUAUUCAUUA